GCUGCUGAGGAGUCGGCGACGUCGCUGAGGCGCCGGGGCCUGAGUGGCCGCCUCCUCCCCGCUAGCUGACCGGGCCCGGGGCGCCCCGCGCAGUUCACUGAUUGCUUCAAUUAAGACCCAGUGUGCCUGCUAAGCUGUGCCCAGGUUCAGAGCCAUGCCAGUCUGUGGGUGAAGCUUAAGGUAGUAAUGGAGCCACUGCAUCAGCAGCAGAAGCCACAGAAGCUGCCACACUCGGCUCCUUUGCAGAUGGAUGCCAGAGAGAAGCAGGGAACACAGAUGAGAGAGGCCCCAUUCCUGUAUGCCCAAAAGCUAGCCACACAGCCACCUGUCCUUUCUGCCAUGCCUGGAAGACCUCCUGGCAGUCCUGCCCUGGGUCCUUUAGCCAGAGUUCCACCAGUCACACCAGUGGCCCGAGGUUUUGAACAGAGCAGUGUGAACUCAGAGCCUGAGGAAGAAGAAGGUGGUUUGGAGGAUGAGGAUGGGGAUGAUGAUGUGGCAGAGACGGCUGAAAAAGAGGCCCAGGCUGCUGCCAAGUAUUUCCACGUGCAGAAAGCAACUCGCCAAGAUCCCCGAGCACCCCCUGUGCUCAGUCUGCUUCCAGCUCCAGGGCUCCCAACACCGGUACCCCAAGCUAAAGAAGACCCUACCAAAGAUGCGUCCACAGCACCACCUUCCGUCUCCACAGGUGGGCAGCCACGCUGGAGCCUGGAUGAGCAGCUUAAGCAGAAUGGUGGUUUGGCCUGGAGUGAUGAUGCUGACGGAGGCCGGGGAAGAGAGAUCUCACGAGAUUUUGCCAAGCUAUAUGAACUGGACAGUGAUCCUGAAAGGAAAGAGUUCCUGGAUGACCUCUUCAUCUUCAUGCAGAAGAGGGGGACCCCCAUCAACCGGAUCCCCAUCAUGGCCAAGCAGAUCCUGGACUUGUACACACUCUAUAAGCUGGUAACAGAGAAGGGGGGCCUGGUGGAGGUCAUCAACAAGAAGAUCUGGAGGGAGAUCACCAAGGGCCUGAGCCUGCCCACCUCCAUCACCAGUGCCGCCUUUACCCUCAGGACCCAGUACAUGAAGUACCUGUAUGCCUACGAAUGUGAGAAGAAAGCCCUGAGCUCCCCAGCCGAGCUCCAGGCAGCCAUCGACGGCAACCGGCGCGAGGGCCGGCGGCCCAGCUAUAGCUCCUCCCUCUUUGGCUACUCCACCACCGCCACUGCUGCCCCCAGCACCCCUGCCCUUCUCUCACCACCCAAGAUCCGUUUCCCCCUCCUGGGGCUUGGCUCCAGCAGUGGCACCAGUGCCAGUAGCCCUCGGAUGUCCCCAGCCACCACUCUCAGGAAAGGCGACGGAGUCCCAGUGACCACAGUACCCGUGCCAAAUCGCCUGGCUGUGCCUGUGAGCAUGGCAGGACAGCAGGCUGGCACCCGCACUGCCACGCUGGAGCAGCUGCGGGAGCGGCUCGAGUCGGGGGAGCCCGCUGAGAAGAAGGCAUCUAGGCUGUCGGAAGAGGAGCAGCGGCUGGUCCAGCAGGCCUUCCAGCGCAACUUCCUAAGCAUGGCCAGGCAGCUCCCCAUGAAAGUCAGGAUCAACGGCAGGGAAGACAGAGCUGAGACCUCAGCUGCAGCACUCAACCUGACCACAAGCAGCAUUGGGAGCAUUAACAUGUCCGUGGACAUCGAUGGCACCACCUAUGCAGGUGUGCUGUUUGCCCAGAAACCUGUGGUGCACCUCAUCGCAGGCUCUGCUCCCCAGAGCCUGGGCAGCGGCGCCAGCAGCAGCAGCAGCUCCCACUGCUCUCCAAGUCCUACCUCAUCCAGGGGCACCCCCAGCGCAGAGCCCUCCACCAGCUGGUCCCUCUGACGGGCAGCACCCAGCACCAACUCCUCUUCUGCCUAGAGUGGAGGAAGCUGAUGCACAGAAUUUACCUCAUCUCAUGGAGCCACGUGAGAGUCUGGAUUUCCCCAGGCUCCAUUCAGGUCCUGCU